CUCCUGCUUUCAGGCGCGAAAAUUACAGUUGAAGCUGAUAAUGGUGGUGGAAGUGGCUGGAACGAACUGGGAUCUUCUCCUUUGCUAGAACUCUCCUCUCCCUCCUAUAAAUAUAUCUAUACACAUUUCUCUUCUCCAUCGAAGCGUAUCCUUUCGGCGUUAUAAGCAGCAGAUCUAAGCAAUCUCUAAACCAAAUUCUCUUCUUCUUUCCAAGUUCCUGUAAAGCGAAAAAAAACCCAGUUUUCCAACCAUGUCUCUGAUUCCGAGCUUCUUUGGAAACCGAGGAAGCAGUGUAUUCGACCCCUUCUCGCUCGACGUUUGGGAUCCGUUCAAGGAUUUUCCUUUCCCUUCCUCGUCAAUUUCUCGGGAAACUUCCGCCCUCGUUAACACGCGUGUGGACUGGAAGGAGACACCGGAGGCGCACGUCUUCAAGGCGGAUCUUCCCGGUCUGAAAAAGGAGGAGGUGAAAGUUGAAGUAGAGGAUGACAGGGUGCUGCAAAUCAGCGGGGAGAGACACACAGAAAAGGAGGACAAGAACGAUACAUGGCACCGCGUGGAGCGCAGCAGCGGGAAGUUCUCGAGGAGGUUCAGAUUGCCAGAGAACGUGAAAAUGGACCAGGUGAAAGCUUCAGUAGAGAACGGUGUACUGACUGUUACGGUGCCCAAAGCAGAGGUGAAGAAGCCUGAAGUUAAAGCCAUUGAGGUCUCUGGCUGAGAAUCUGGAAUUCAUGUAUGACAAGGUGCUUGUUCGUGUAUAGGGUAAGAAUCAAUAAGUGGGUAUGAGAUAUGAUUGUGCAUGCCAAGUGUUUGAUGAAAUGUGGGUGUUCGCAUUUUGUAAUGUCGUUGUAAGUUGAUGUUCUGAUAUAAUAAAUAUCAUCUUUUUUAA